AUGUCUGCAAAGGUGUUUCAUUCAUUUAGAGACGAGAAUCGUGAUCUCCAUAAGCAAAUUGGGUGCAUGAGUGGGAUUUUUCAGCUGUUUGAUCGCCGGCAUUUCCUCUCCGGCCGGAGCCUUAACAGCCACAAGAGACUUCCUCCAGGUGAGAAUGGCAACCAAGAAAUGGAUCCCAAAAGCAGAGCACAACACAAAGCUACAGAUAAAAAUCGGAAAAAGGUUGUCAAAGAGAGAUGGUUCUCCACAGAAUCAUCCACAACCACUGUUUCAUCAUCUUCUUGUUCAUCUAGCUUCUCAUCAUCUCUUGAAUACAACAAAGCAGCUCAGCAAGAGCAAUCCUCAUCCGGCCAAACGAUUUACAAUGACAGACACACUCAGGACCUGUCUAUGAACAAACUGAAUGUUUCAAAGCCCUUAAGCCAGCAAUCCUUUGACUCGACCUACAGAGAAGCCCGUGGCAUUUCAAUCAGACCUGGAGGAAAAGAUGGAGUAGGUCAUAUAUUGAAAUACAUCGACUCCCCGAGGCCUUCACAACCACUAAAACCCGUCAAGCCAAGGGUUUCUGGUGCUGGUGAGUCGUUUCAAGUUCAUGCCAAGCUUCGGGAAGCACAUCGAAAGUCCAACGAGGAGAAGGAUGGUUGCAAGCGGUUUGUGCCGAAAGAAGCGAGAAGGCUGUCUUAUGAUGAAAGGGCAUCACGAGAUGCACUGAAAUCCACAACAAAACUCAAAGAGCUCCCAAGGCUUUCUUUGGACAGCAAAGAACGUUCCAUAAGGAGGGCCUGCAGCCCCGAAACAAGAUCAAAUCAUUUCUUCAAGGAUCUGCAGAGGGAGAAUGGGCACUGCGACAAAAUGCUUGACCUGCAGCCAGAACCAGGAAGUUAUAAAAGACCAUCGAAUGUUGUUGCGAAGUUGAUGGGAUUGGAUCUCUCAGAGUCAGAGUCAACCAAUGUUACUCCAUUGAGGCUGAUUGAUACCUGUCCAUAUGACAGAUUUGAUCCCUUGUCCAGAUCAUCAAGAACAACAGAUGAAUUCAAGCAAGAGGUUUUGUCUGGGUUCCCAAGUAAUGCGCAGAAGGGGUUCAGCUCACCCCAGAGGAUAAGUGCCAAUUCAGUCAUGAAGCGCACCGCAAAUUCCAAGUUUCCAAUAGAAACAGCUCCUUGGAGGCAGCCACAUGGAAGCAAAGGUUCUCCUCAAUCAACUUUCAACUGUCAAGAAGAACCUACAAAAGCACCAAAGUCAUCACCUACAGUUUAUGGUGAAAUGGAGAAGAGACUAGCAGAACUUGAGUUCAAGAAAUCAGGAACGGACCUCCGAGCUCUUAAACAGAUACUUGAAGCAAUGCAGAAGACCAAGGAAAACUCGGAGAGCAAAAAAGGAGCCUCAAAUUAUCCCUCUCAAGUAAGCAACAAAAGUGUAUUGUCUGAGAGCACAAUAUCAGCAAGCAAGAGAAAUAUAAAAAGUGGCCCAUCACUUCCUGCCACAGCCAUGGGUUCCAAAUCCCCAAAGAGUUACAAAUCACCGAUCAUCAUCAUGAAACCAGGUAAACUCAUGGAGAAAACCCACAACUCUGCUUCCACUGCGAUCUCCAUGGACAACACAUCAUGUCUGCGGAAGCUUCGGACUAGCAACCCUGGUGACAACAGAAAGGAAUUGCUUGAGAGGAAAGCCAAAGAUUUGACUCCAAGAAACAUUCAUACCAGUGAUUCUUUCAAUGGACGCCUUCACUCCAUUGACAAGAAAUCUGAUGUAAGAACUUCUAGAGCUGCACAAAAACCAAAGAUGCCCCAGGGUGAAGAAAAUUCCCCGGUUCCAAGUAGAAGCAUCACAAGCCCAAGACUGCAAAACAGAAGACUUGGAUUGGAAAAGCAAUCUCCUACCGCCACUCUAUCAUCAGAUUCAAGCAUGACCAGACAGCAACGCAGUAGGCAAUCAUCACAAGCAAGCACCCCAGGUAGAAAACUUGGGUCAAAAUCUGCCAGUUUGCACCAAUUCAAUUGCCAACUGAGUGAAACUAGCACCAGUACAAGAGCUGUGAGUCACCAAGAUGAUACCACUUCUCAGCAUUCUGAGAGCAACAGCAGCUUGGUCUCGCAUGCAGAUACAGAAGCCACAAGCAGUCAUCAGUCAGACACAAUGAAAGCUAUGUACUUGAAGCGGCACAGCCAAAAACAAAACAGCCCAGAAGUAGUGCUAAGUGAUGAUAGGUUAAAAGCAGAACCUGGGAAAGCUUCGUUAGAACAACCAAGUCCUAUCUCCGUUCUUGAUUCUACAUUCUAUAGGGACGACUCACCUUCUCCUGUGAAGAAGAUAUCAAAUGCCUUUAAAGAUGAUGACGGGCAAAAUCUGGAUGAAGCAGAGUAUGGACCAAUGGACGGUCUGCUAUUCAGAACUGGUCUUGGUGCGGAGAUUGACCAUAAUAGGCUAGAGAACCUGAAGCACCUAAUUCAGAACCAUGCACGUAUGAGAAGCACACAUGAAGAACCCAUCCUCGACCACAUUACUCUCCUCUGUGACCGCUCAAAUCCAGACCACAAGUACAUUUCAGAUAUAUUGCUAGCAUCAGGAAUUCUUACGUAUCUCGAAUCAGCUUGGACGACCAUUGAGCUCCACACAUUAGACCACCUGAUCAACUCUAAUUUGUUCCUUGCACUGGAAGAAAUCAGGGCAGAUAUAGAGCAUCAUGGUGAUGAUGAAAAGAGAUGCGAAAAGAAUCUCCAAUCCCAAUCGGACGAAACAAAUCAAAGAAAGCUAGUGUUCGAUGUUGUCAAUGAAUUCCUAGUUCAAAAAUUAGUUGUGGAGAACAAGCCAUGGUUCUCACAAAACAAGCUGGCAGAAGGGAAACCAAGAGGGCAGCGGCUUUUGACAGAAUUAUGUUCCCAGGUUGAUCAGCUACAAAGAUGUAACUUGAAUGGCAACAUAGAUGAUGAAGAUGAAAGUUUGACAAGCAUCUUGUUGGAAAAUUUCAUGGAUCAAUCACAGAAUUGGACAGAGUGUGAUGGUGAAAUUCCAAGCAUAGUGUUGAAUGUUGAGCGAUUGAUCUUUAAAGACUUGAUAACUGAAAUUGUGAAUGGAGAAGCAGUUCAACAUGCGGGUUGGUCCGGUGGGCAUUGCAGGCAACUGUUUUCCAAGAAGGGGCUCUGGUAACAUUGUUUUAGAAAAACCUGAAUGGUAGCGUAGACGAUAAGGGAAUGGAACUGAUUGUGACUGUGAAAUUGGGGCUGUGGUAUUGGAUGUCAGGCAGUAUUUGAAGCUCAAACUGUGAGGGGUGAUUGCAGGCAAUGAAUCUGACUUCUAUUUACUAUCUUUUGGUCUAUCUUCUCAAAUCACAAUUACGGGGUUAAGGUUUAGCUCCUCUCUAACAUGUAAAUCUUUGAUAGAAGCUAUUCAAGCUGAUGGAACACAUAAUUUGAACUACAUUUUGAUAUU